AUGCGUAUGGACCCUACGCGGGCUUUGGAGCCGACGAAAAAGAAACUGACGUCGAUAGAAGCCCAAAGGAUAAUGAACGUAUUUGUUGAUACCAUUAAUCGGGCCAAAUUAGUGAGUAUGAUUCCUUAUAUUACAGAGAAUAUAGCUCAGUUCGAACCGCAUUUUAAUGCGGAGCUUUUAACACUUUUUAAACAGCAUAUCGACAUUCAAAAAUGCUAUCUGGAAAUAAAACGAGAAAUAGUCAGACGGCACGAGAAGAGACAACGUAAGUUUAGUGAAGGGAGUCAAGAAGAGACAUUAUGCGAUGACAACUGCGAGUCAACUCAACCCGAAGCUCAACAAGAAGAUGCCAAAGAUGUUCCGAUUGAUGAUGAUAAUUACAAAGAAGAUGCUUCGUCACCCAAGCCGGAGAUUGAACUUCCUGAAAGAGUCAGUAGUAGUGUUCACACUUCGAUUUCUGAAGGGACUUGUACGUCGCCAGUUGGCGAGGGACAGGAAGCAGAAGAGGAACAGGUUGAGGAUAGCGAAGGUGAAAAGUGCGAAGAAAAAGAGGAAGAUGAUGAAGAAUACAAGACGGCCACUGAAAUGUUGAUGAGGAAUUUGUCAAUUGUCGCUGAGCAGCUAAGUAACUCUUGUAAGAAUAUUCUGCGAGCUUUCACCAAAUAUUCGUCUGCGAUAACAGCCGUCCACAAUGAACUGCAUCAUAUCUCGCCAGCUGCAGCCAAGUUUAUUCGCAACUUGGAAGAGAUGAAAGUGAUCCUGCGAAACCGGUUGCUGACAAGUCCGCUUGAAGAAAGGGACCAGGCGGAGUAUCUGAAGGAAAUGAUCCAGAAAACACAACAAAAUACGCAACAAAUUCAGAAACUUGAAGCUGAACUUGCUGAAGCCAUUGCUAUCAAGGAAGAAGAGACUCGGCGAAAGAACGACAUCAUUCGCCGGCUUCAGGAAGAAAUCCGUCAGAUUGACAAACAAUCCGAAGACAACAUCCGACGCGUUAAGAUGGAGGCCGAAAAGAACAUCUCCUCAGAGCUGAAGACGAGUGACGGCAAGUGCGCCAAAAUUCAACAGGAACUGAUUUUGUCCCGAAAUUCACUGCAGAAUCUCACAAAUGAUCAUCGAAACCAAGAAAUGGAACUUCGCAGGCGAAAUUACAAGGCGGAGACAGAAGUGGAAAAUUGGAUCCAGAAAUAUGAUCAGGACAUGGGACAACUUCAGGAUGAGUAUGAGACCAUCGAAAGUAUUUACAAAGAGGAGAAGAAACAACUUAGUGAACUGGAAGAGAAAUUCACCACCCUUCAGAAGGAAUACCUUGUGAUCAUUGAUGAACGUGAAAUGGCACGUCGAAUGCGAGAGGAGUCGGAAAGAAAAAUGAUCGUGAUGAGACGUCUGGAAGCGCAUCGCCAUCCUUCCUCCAGACAGUCAAGCCAAGUAACCCAUGCCUCAUCUUUUGGCCGUUCCGGGUCUUUCCUUGUCAGUCCAAAGCGGGGCAAAUGUUCCGCAACCCGAUUUACGAACGAGAUAUCUUCAUUUAUGAAGAGGUCGUCGAUAUAUGCUGAGGAUGACUUCUUGAUGUUUUCUGCCUGA